AUGGCAACAUCCAGCUCAGACACGUCACAUGUUCAGGUGAAGGUAGAGAAACCAGAUUCACCACUACCACCACAGAUACAGACUUGCCAGAUAUCUUCAACAGAGAUGAGCAUGAAAUCGCCUGGCAAUCGUUUCUAUGAUCAUUCUGAGGACAUUGCCAAAAGAAAGAGAACACAACUUGGUGAUCGACCACAGUGCUCUGUAUGCAUGAAGACCUUUUCUCGAUCAGGGACUCUAAGGGUUUUGUAUAAUCUUGUUUCUUACCCUCCUUUAUUUUUGGCCUUAACUGGCACCUUUUCAACUUCGAUGUUCAAUACCUAGAGACUAUAAAACAGUGAGAAACCAGCCUGAUCCAGAUAAUGGAGUGCGGUGCGAAGUAAGAGGAUGGAAAAAAGAAGAGAAGGGGAGGGUGAGAGGAGGGGACCCCUACCCCACCCCUCGUUAGUUUUUUUUCCUGUCAUCCUCACAAUCUGAACGCCUGGAACAUAACUGUAUUAUGUAUUUGGUCAUGACAUCGCUUGACCAUAAUACUUUGAGCUCCGUAAAUAGCUGCUUUCAAGGUUACACAGCCUCGUUCCCGGAACCCUGGAACCCUUAACCUAUACCAGAGCUAGUUCAGCUGAAUUUGGCUACCCUAUACUAGAGUAAACUCCCCAAAUCCCCCCUAUCCUAGAGUAGCUGUUUUCCAGAAACUACUGAGGUCAAUAGCACAGUCUAGCCAAAACAAAACCUUAUAUCACAAUCCCUAGUCUAGAUAAAAUCUUCAACCAACAGAUGAGUUUCCUGAAAAAUGAUGCCCCAUUCUAGACAUAAACGCUCUGAUUUAUAUACCCUAUCCUAGAGUAAACUGCUUGAAAACAAUACCCUUCACAGCGGCACAUACCUAUAUAGUCCAUAUAUGGUAGUACCCCCCCCGGGCAUAGGCUGUUCCAGGCGUUCGGUUCCGCUAUAGUGGUGUUUGUUGUUCACCUGUCUUUUCACCGUCCCCAAUUCCUAAACGUCUAUGCAAAACAGCAUGACCCCACCCUAAAACCCUGCUGGGACGAAUUGUCCGUAGAUAUCAUUAACAAAGUGCACAUGGUCUUUUUAGGUUCAUAUGCGCAUCCACAACGGAGAAAAGCCAUUCCAGUGCCGUUUCUGCCCUAAGAAGUUCGCUCAAUCUGGGAACCUUGCUGCGCAUGAGCGAAUCCAUACUGGUGAGAAGCCAUUUGAGUGCAAGUACUGUGGAAAGCGUUUUACCCAGUCCUCCGCUCAAAAGAGCCACACAAUGACUCAUAUUAGUAAGGACCUGUUGUAA